CUCUCCUUCGAUCAAACAAGCGAAUAAGAACCCCCGGCACCCAUCACUUACCCCAAAGAAAAACCGCCAGCGAUUCCCACGAGCGGACAGAAACUGCCAUUUUUGCAGAUAAAAAUGGAAACUUUUUUGCUCGAGAGAUCAUCGACUAGCAGUAGCAAGAGCAGAGCGAUCGCAGAGCUCGUCGAGGGCCGUGAAUUGGCCUUCCGGCUCAAGACCCUCCUCUGUAAACCCUCUGGGAGUAAUGGGUCUGUCUCGGCCGACGAACUUGUCGUGAAGAUCUUGAGAUCUUUCACCGAGAGUCUCUCUGCGUUGAGUUCUUGUGAAGAGAGUGAGGUUCGCGAGGAUAUGUCGCCCCAAAUGGGUGGCUUUGGCUCCGGUUAUGACGAUCAGGGGUCUGAACAUUCCGGCGAGAGUAGGAAGAGGCCGGGCUUGAAAGACGGCAGAGGUUGCUAUAAGAGAAGAAAGGAGUCUGAAACACGCACAACAAAGUCUUCCACCAAGGAUGAUGGUCAUGCUUGGAGAAAGUACGGCCAAAAGGACAUUCUUAAUUCCAAAUACCCAAGGUGCUACUUCAGGUGCACACACAAGCAUGACCAGGGUUGCAGAGCUACCAAGCAAGUCCAGAAAAUGGAGGACAACCCCAAAUUGUACCAAAUCACAUACAUUGGCAGUCACACAUGCAAAGAGAUCACGAGGGCCCCACAGAUGAUCACAGAUUCUGAUCCUUGGGAAUCCUCUUACACUCCCUCCUGCAACAAUUCGGACACAAAGCCUCUGAUUUAUUCUCAGCAAAGUUUUGCCUUCUGCUCAGCUAAAAACAGCAUCAAGAAAGAAGAGGAGCUAGCACUAGUUAAGGAAGACACCACAAGGUCCACAACAACCUCGAGCGACUUGACGGAUAACCUUUCAUCCUUCGAUUCAAUUUUGCCUCUGGAACUGAUGGGUUUCGAAUCAUCUGACCCGACCGCCAUGUACCUGUCUUGUGGGGAUGGUAAUCCGCACAGUUUUCUGGACAUGGACCAGCUGGGACGACUCGGUUUUGAUGGAGAGUUUCAAUUUUACGAGAACAUGCAGUUUUCCUAGCACUAGGGAACGCGAGUCAGCAUUGCUUGUAUACUCUUGUUUGUACCAUUUUGUUCCAAAUUCUCCUCGAGCUGUCUGGAGGAUAAACCAGUUUAGGUAUGAAAAAUUUUCACUCUGCACUUGUGAGAGACUUAAGACUGUGUUGAGACUCGUCUUUUGUGCCCCUUUUGGGACACCAAGUGAUGAGAUUUGUCCCCUCGUGUACCCUUAUUACAAUUGCAAAUGAACGUUUGUGUACUUUCAUAAUGCCAA